CGAACCGCCACUCCGCCAGCGGGGAAGGGAGGGCACGCGCGCGCACGACUCACUCCUCGUGCAAACUGCGAACCACCACCCCACCUCGCCCCCACGCACGUUGCCCUUACGUGCGGUGCGGUGCCGCCCCCGCGCCCGCGCCGACGUGCUCCUCCGACCAUCCCCGUCCCCGGCCUCCCGCGCCGUUGCCGAUCGAAGCGGCCAGGGCGGGGCGCGGCGCGGUGCCUGGUCUGCUUUGCUCCCUCAUCGCAGUCGAGCACCUCACCUGCGCUUGCUUGCUUCGGCCAUGGUCGCCUCGUCGUCGUCCACGGCGUCGUCCUCCAGCUCCGUCCCGUCUAGCGCGCACCGGCGCCGCCUCGCGGACGUGGAGCGCGCCUCUGCCGCCGACUGCUGCGGCGGCCCGAGCGACGGCAUCGACGACGACGGGAGCGAGCGCCGCGGGCACGGCGCCGCCGUCACCGGGGCCGUGAAGGCGCUGCUGCUCAUCGCCCGGAGGAGCGGCGGCGGCAAGCGGGUGCCGGUGGCCUGGGUGAGGAGCGCGGUGGCGUGCCUGCUCGGCGUCGCCGUCGUCCUCGUCCUCGUCACGAGCUCGCGCGGAGGCGCCGUCGUCGGCGGUGCGGGGAGGCCGCUCGUUCGCAGGGUGGACGCCGGCGACGGCGGGGCGCUGGGGUGGAGGGAGGAGAACCUGACCGCGGUCGCUCGCCGCCCGCCCGACCCGCCGAUGACCCGGAUAUGGAUGAAAUUGGAUAGCGAGGGUUACACAAAAUGCAUUGAACGCCCAAGAAACCGUUACAGAAUCAACAGUGCAACGGCUGGUUAUAUAAUUGUCAAUGCUAAUGGUGGCUUGAACCAGAUGAGAAUGGGGAUAAGCGAUAUGGUUGCAGUUGCUAAGCUCAUGAAUGCCACCCUAGUAAUCCCUACUCUGGAUCAUAAAUCAUUCUGGACUGAUCCGAGCGGUUUCAAAGAUAUAUUUGAUGUGGAGCACUUCAAGAAAACUUUAGAAGAUGACAUCAUGAUUGUGGAUUCCUUGCCACCAGCUUACGAAAGAUUUAAACCCUAUAUUAGAGCACCCAAGUCCUGGGCCAAGGCUUCUUAUUACAGAGCUUUAACAAGGACACUGAAGAAGGCCAAAGUUGUGAAAUUUACACAUACAGAUUCACGGAUUGUUAACAAUGGUCUCCCUCCUUCCAUCCAACGACUCCGAUGCCGGGCAAACUAUGAGGCACUGAGAUACAAGCAAGAAAUUGAAGAGCUAGGUAAUACUCUAGUUGAAAGACUGAGGAAUGAGUCCAACCACUACAUCGCACUUCACUUAAGAUACGAGAAGGACAUGCUCUCGUUUACAGGCUGCAGCCACAACCUAACACAUCAAGAGGCAGAGGAACUUAGGGAAAUGCGACUCAAGGUGCAGCACUGGAAAGAGAAGGAAAUCAACAGUGAAGAGAGGCGACUCCAAGGAGGCUGCCCUAUGACUCCUCGUGAAGCAGCCUUUUUCCUAAAAGCUAUGGGUUAUCCUUCCAGCACAAAGAUCUACAUUGUAGCAGGUGAACUAUAUGGUGUACAUAGCAUGGAUGCAUUAAAGGCCGAAUAUCCAAACGUCUACACACAUUACAGUCUGGCAACAGUAAAUGAAUUAGAGUCUCUCAAGCUGUACCAAAACAGAUUAGCUGCUGUGGACUACAAUGUAGCCCUCCAGAGUGACGUUUUUGUGUAUACGUACGAUGGAAAUAUGGCUAGAGCAGUCCAGGGUCAUAGAAGAUACAAAGGAUUCCGAAAAACCAUCAACCCUGACAGGCAGAAGCUUGUCGAGCUUAUUGACAAGCUUGACGAAGGUACAGUAAAUUGGAAUGAGUUUGAAUGUGAAGUGAAGAUGCAUCAUGGAAACAGGCUUGGAGGUCCAUAUCAGAGGUUGUCUGGUCGAAGUCCAAGGCAAGAGGAGUAUUUUUAUGCAAAUCCUCUUCCAGGGUGCUUGUGUAAAAGAAACACACAGGAUCAAGUGGCAUGAACUUACUCUACAGAAAAUGGAUAGAUUAGUCUUCAAGCUUAAAGUGAGCCUAACUUCAAGCAUGAAGCAUAAUUUACUCUGACUCAUUGACAUAUACCAAACAAUGCAACUCGUAGUAAACUGACAUCAAAAGCACAUAUUUUUUUUCUAGACAGAUAGAAUUUGUGUAGUUUUCAAUCCACCACAAGGGUAUCAGAGGGAACAGUCGUUAAGAUGUGUGAUUUCAGAGGGUUAUUUAUCCAACUUUGAAAACAGGAGAGGCAGGAUAUUCUAAGAGGACAUUUGUACCACGAGAGAAUAGAAUUAGCUAAAUUGAAGAGUUUCAGUGUAAGGUUUACACCUUUACUCCAUAGUCCAGAUGUACAGUCUUACCACUUUUUGAUAAAUUUGAUUUUAUUAUGCACAGCUUGGUGCAAAUUAUGUGUAUGUACAAUAAUCAUUAGUGACAGAUCAAGUGUUAUGGGAAGCAA